GAAGUCAAGAUCAGAUAUCAGGAACGCGUUACAAACCAUGUCUGAUCUAAGGACUAACACGUAGCGGACUCACACUGUAGAGGAGACGUUUUUAGUUCACUAUUUGGAUGGCGGAUAAAGAUUCCGGAGCGUAGAGCGACAUCAAUAAAUAAUUUACAGACCAUGAACUAUGUGGGUCAGUUGGCGGGCCAGGUGUUUGUGCAGGUCAAGGAGCUGUACAGGGGACUCAACCCUGCAACACUGUCUGGAUGUAUCGAUGUCAUCGUGGUCCGGCAGCCCGAUGGGUCCUUGCAGUGCUCCCCCUUCCACGUCCGCUUCGGCAAGAUGGGUGUGCUGCGGUCCCGUGAGAAAGUGGUGGACAUAGAAAUUAAUGGAGAGCCUGUGAGUUUGCACAUGAAGCUGGGAGAGAAUGGAGAGGCCUUCUUCGUUAAAGAGACUGAGAACACAAUGGAAAGAGUUCCAUCAUAUCUUGCAACAUCACCCAUAAUGUCAGUGGGGGCGGAGUUAAUGGAGUCCCAGCUUGGCAGGGGCAGUUCUCGUCACCAUGACACCAUCCCCUGCAGCUCACUUCCUGUCCAGAGCCUGGGACUGCAGCAAAGUGAUGGUGGCAUAACCAAGAAGAGGAGGAAGAGGAGGAGGAAGCCAAGGUCAGAGGCAGGAGGAGGGGGGAGGAGAGAGGAGAGUGAGGAAGAGUUCUCGGAGGACCAGGACAUGUUUACUAUUGACCUGAGCUCUGACGAGGAGAGAGAGAGUGACAACAGAAUCGUGUACGGUGAUCAAAGGUCUACAGCCAACACACACACCGAUUGGAUCCGUUCACAGAGUCAUCUGAUUAAAGAGACUCUCUCCAUCCCUCCACCGUGUGGUCUGUCCAUCUCUUGUCCUCAGCAGACUUCUCACUUUUCCUGCACUGUUAGCAGCCAGGAUGACUCUGGGUCAUCAACACCAAAGAGCGACUCGGAGCUAACCAAUCAAAACAAAGACAACCCUGAGAUGUUGUGGACCUGGGGCGAGCUGCCGCAGGCUGCACAACCGUCCUUCCUAACUUCCCACCAGAAGCAGGAUCCUGUCACAGUGUCCAUCCCAAUGUCUGCCAGCACCCACUUCAGAGCCAUCAAUGACACGGGACCCCCCUCCCUCACUCUCUAUGCUCCCCAGCCAGGGGAGAGCACUGCUCAUGGUGGGGACAAGGACACUGAAGAAAGCAAAAAUGUAGCCAGGCACGGACUAACCACUGGGGACAUGGCUGGAGAUGGACAUGGGAGAGAGGUGGAAAGUGUUGGGCCGUUAUGUGCAGAGAUGGAGGGUUUAACAGCCUGCUCAGUGUCUCCCAGGGUUCUCCUCGAUCAUCUUGAAGAAGGUGGCAAUAGAGGAAGUCCAAUCAAAAGAACUGACUCACCAUCCAAGAGGAAAGAAAAGAGAAGCCAACACCUUGGUGCUGAUGGCAUAUACCUGGAUGAUAUUACAGAGCUGGAGCCUGAAGUAGCUGCUCUCUACUUCCCUAAAAGUGAUGGAGGCAGCAGCUCAAUUAGAGGCGACUCCGAGAUGAUGAUGGGAGUGCGCAGUGACAAUCAGUCCCCACAGUCAGUGGGCAGCAGCGGGAUGGACAGUGGUGUAGACAGUCUGCCCGAUCAAACAGCAGACCUGCCUCAUGUUGCCAUCUCUUUGUGUGGAGGCCUCACUGACAACAGGGAGAUCACAAGAGAGCAGUUCCAGGAGAGGGCAAUUUCCUAUCAGCAGUUCUCUGAAAACCCAACUAUCAUCGAUGACCCCAACCUGGUGGUCAAGAUAGGCAACAAGUACUACAACUGGAACACAGCAGCUCCUGUCAUGUUGGCCAUGCAGGUCUAUCAGAAACCACUGCCGCAGUGUUGGUGUUUGAGUUACGUGUUUUCUGCCUUUGGCCUCUUCUCAUACUGCCUGCCUGGUCUGUUUGGCUCCAGCACCUCCCAACCCGCCUCAGUGGAGAACAUCAUGAAGGAAAAGAUGCCAAAGAAAGGAGGACGCUGGUGGUUCUCAUGGAGGAGCCGGAACAGCGACUCCAAAUCAGAAUCAGUGACUGAUACAGGAGACAGUGGAGAAAGCUCACUCACGAUGCCCUCAGUGAACAGAAUGAAGGAUGAGUCAUCCUCGAGUGAUGAAGACCACACAUCACACAAUCAGGCGCCAGGAUCCUGCCAGUCAGAGCUCCUGAUGAGCUCCGGCAACGUCUGUUAUACGAAGACUCUUCGACUCACCUCAGAACAACUAGCCGGCCUGCAGCUGCAGGAGGGUCCUAAUGAAGUGGUGUUCAGCGUCACCACUCAGUAUCAGGGCACAUGUCGCUGCCAUGGCACGAUCUAUCUUUGGAGCUGGGAUGACAAGAUAGUCAUCUCCGAUAUAGAUGGAACCAUCACCAGGUCGGACACCCUGGGCCACAUCCUCCCCACACUGGGCAAAGACUGGACCCACCAGGGUAUCGCACGGCUCUACCACAAAGUCAGCCAGAAUGGAUAUAAAUUCAUGUACUGCUCAGCGAGGGCCAUUGGCAUGGCUGAUAUGACGCGAGGCUACUUGCACUGGGUCAAUGAGAGGGGAACCAUGCUGCCAAUGGGCCCAGUGCUGCUCAGCCCCAGCAGCCUGUUUUCUGCCUUGCACAGGGAGGUGAUUGAGAAGAAACCAGAGAAGUUUAAGAUUGAGUGUCUCACAGACAUAAAGCACCUGUUCUACCCCAACACUGAACCUUUCUACGCUGCUUUUGGCAACAGAGCUACGGAUGUGUAUUCCUAUAAGGAGGUGGGUGUUCCUCUAAACAGGAUUUUCACUGUCAACCCCAAGGGAGAGCUGAUACAGGAGCAUGCCAAAACCAAUAUCUCCUCUUUUGGGCGUCUGUGCGAGAUGGUCGACCACGUCUUCCCGGUCCUAGCUCGAAAUGAGGGAGCAGACUUCCCCCACCCUGACACCUUUGACCAGUGCAACUACUGGAGCAAACAACUCCCUGAUGACACUAACCAGGAAGAAGACCCACAGCCACUUGAGACAAGCUGAGGAAACCCCAUCAAAUUCAGCAUUCAGGACCCUGCGUUGCAGCUUGUCUUCACGAAGUGUUAAGCCUGCAGCCAAGAAUCAAAGUUAAAGUGUUGAGUAUUUUAGAACUCAUCCAAGAACUGUACAUGAUGAAUGGAUGAAGCUCUGUCGCUCCUUCAAGGAUCAAAUACUUCACUUCAGUAACUAUGACUACUGAUUCAAAGUAAAUGAAUGUGUUUUCAAUAUUCCACAUAUUAAAAAAACAUCUUGCCAUCAUUCAACAUUAAACAGUGAGAACACAAGCAGACCUAAAGGUUCAUUACAAAAAUGACUACUAUGUCAGAAAAGGGGAAAGUAAAAAAAAUCCCUGAUGAAUUUUACCAGCUGCUUGAAUGAACUGAUGGCUCAGAGUCAGGACUCACAUAUCACACAUAUGCAAGUGCACCAACUCACAGACACACACACAAGACACACACUUAAGUAAAACUUGUAAAGCCAUUACGUAGACAAUGCACGACAUUGCAGAGCAAAAGUACAAUAUCGCUCAUUACAUGUUUUUCAGAUACCUUAUGCAGUGCAUCCACUGCACGGUACGACUCAACUCACUUUUUGUACCAUUCUGUAUUUAAUUUUCCACUACAGAUAGUACCCCCCUCAGUGUAGGCGGAAGAGUAGAGUAUCAUCUGCACUUCAUUGAUCAUACUUUUGUUAAACAGAAAAAUACAAGUGUAAACUUUCUGAAUCCAAGGUUCUCUCUUUCAAUUAAUUAAGAUUAUCUAAAUUGUGUUGGCAGCUCAUACAAUACACACUUCAUUCAAACUCAAAAGACACAAAAUAAAACUUCCCAAACCUCUUAGUCUUUCCACUGUUCCAACAACAACCAACUCUCCUUUGGACGAAAUAAAUCCUUAAUUCACAGAGUAUAAUGUAAAAUAUCCUGCUUGGCUACAUGCAGUUUUCUGCCCCUCUCUCUCUACUGUGUCCUGGCUGACAGCAGCAGCUCUCUGUCAGUUUUUGGAGACAGUCCAUUAAAUUUGUAAUAUAAAAUGAUAAAGAAGAAAGCAGCUUGUCAUACAGGAACACUCAUUUUAGUUUUAACAGUCUUGUAAGUCACCAUGUUUCUCAGGCCGGUAACGUGAUAUACCAUAAUACCACCCAACCCUACUUGGAACUGAGGUGGUACCAACCAAAGAUUUUGUUAAUUAAAAAACAAAAAAGAGCAAGAUGAGUUGAAAGCCACACCAUGCAGUGGAGAAAUUGGCAAAAGCCACACCACUCUUCAUUUAAAGCUGCCACACAAAUUCAUUAUUAUUUUUGCACCAAUAUGGUUCAUACGGUUAACUCCAAGAUCUAGGAGGAUAGGAUAAUUCCUUUUUUUUUUUUUACAGAAUUCUAUGCAAAAAAAACCCCCAACUCUUAUCUUAGAAAAAUCAAAAGUUGACCAAUCAUUGGGUGACGUUUUCUAAAAUGUAAGCACUUACCCUGUAAAAUACAUAAGAAAUUAUUUUGCUGAAAUUCUGCUGCAGAGAAUCCUGAGAAGCAGCCCUUCCAGAUUGCCUACACAGCUGGCUUCUACAAUUGAUUAAUAAAAUAUAAAUUACAUAUACAAUUCAGCUUUUCAAAUCUGGCACAUCACUCCUUAUUUACAUAUAUAUAUAUAUAUAUAUAUAUAUAUAUAUAUAUAUAUAUAUAUAUAUAUAUAUAUAUAUAUAUAUAUAUAUAUAAAAUCUUGUUUAGAAAAGAUUACUGGCUUUUAAAAAAAUCCAUCCUAACAGCGUAUUUAGCCUACCAAAUACUAAGAAGAGGCUCAGAAUCUUGUUUGAAGUUUGAUACCUGGUCCAGGUAUGUGGCUGUCAUCAGCUUUUCUGACCUCAAGUGCAAUAGAUACAGUACAACACCACACUACGUUACAGGAAAAACCACUCAAGAUGCAAAAAUAGCAUAGGUAGUGUAUUCAGUCAUAUUUCUGUGCCAAACUCCUUUGCAGGUCCAGUUAAAUGUGUGUGGUCUUCUGACCGUGCUACUGUGAAAGAUGUGGCUCUGGCACAUUUUCUAACUUGUGUUUAGUGACAAUUCUCAAGACAAAUGCAGUACAAUGCAAAUAACUUCAGUCUGUGUUCUUUCUGUCUGUUUUUAUACGUACGUUAACACCAGUGAUAUGCUAGAAUGUAGUUUAUAAAUCACUCAGAGUGUAUGUUAUUAUAACAACUAAUGCUCAUCAAUGCAAUUACUGUAGAAGCCCUUACAGGGCUCUAUGGUCAUAUAUUUUAUUUUUAUUUUUUAAGUUGUUACUGAACAGAUCAGCAUACCUUAUGUACAGAACUCAUCUGUAAAGGAGAAUUACUGAAGUACAUAUAUGUAACGUAAGGUUUUUUCUUCACAAACACAUGUAUGUUUUUGUCAUUUGUACAUAUUUGUUAUCAGAUGUUUAUGUUUUCAUCCAUUGAUCAAAUAACAUCUUCUGUAAUACAUUCAUGCCAGAUGGAAGAGUUUAUUUUGUAUUACAUGUCUAACUUAAAAUGGGAGAAACCACUGUAAAUAAUGAGUAACAGUAAUUUUUGUGACCAUAUGAAGUGAACUCUAAAAAAGAAAAAGCUCUGAUAAUCUUUUUGAGAGCUGAUAUAUUGUCUAAAAUGCUUUGUUACUGGUGCUCAUUGAAAUUAUUUUAUGUUUUACUAUGAAUCGAUUUUUUAAUCAGUUUCAGCAUCGGAGUACAAACCUGUACUUAAAGAAGGUACCACAUAAAACCUCCUCUAUCAAACAUAUUUAAAAAGCUGUAAGCAGCUUUGAAUGCCUUCAAGAAAUCAAGUUGCUACUUCCCUCCAGAUUUUAAAUCACCUGACAAACAAAAAACAACAAAACAAAUUAAUCCUCAAAGUAAAUCACCAGACUUUAGUUAGACUUUAAUUUCUAGUCUAAUAUUAAUGUGUCCUAUUUGAAAAUCAAAAUGCCUGAAUCCUGUGAUUGAUUGUGAGUGUGUCAUAGUGAUCUGUACUCUGUGUGCAUAGGAUAGAUAUGUCUGAUGCUAUACUGUGAUUGACUGCCUAAAGAAACUAAUGAGGAAUUAACCUUUAAUCUAAAACACUUUGACGUUCACAUGAGUUUGGGGAAUCCAAUGUAAUUUGUGUAAGAAGAAGCGACGCAGAGGAUGCAUGCUGUUGUAAUGCUAAAAUGCAUAUUUAUGUGGAUGUAAUGAUCACUGUCUUGUCACCUGAUCUAGGUAGGAAAGUACUUUAGUAUUAGUAUUGUAAACAUGCACUGACAUGUUAACUUGUAAUUAUUUAAGCCAAAAGCACACUCUGAUCUGUGUGAGGUCACAUUAUUUGAUACUCGAAAGAUCCUUCUGCCUUGUAGUCUUGUAAUUAUCGUAAAGAUCUCCUAAUUGUAUAAUGAAAUAUGAAAAUCAGAAGAAAGAGGGGAUUUUUCUUCUUCAUGAACAUAAUGCUCUUCCCAUUUUUUUUGAAGUAAAUCAUCUGUUUGGUGAUUAUCACCUGAUUCUUUCUGUGAAAGAUCUAUUAAAAGUCUUGAUCAGUUCUGCAGUCUGCCUCUGUAUUGACAUGGAUGUUGACCCAGUUUUCUGUCCCAUAUAAAGAUUAUGUUCAGGGCGCUAUGAAGCAGCCCGCUGAGCAGUGUACAGUGCAAGCUAUUGUUGACAGUGUGGGUUGAAAAAAUCUGUGCAAUGGACACAUUUCAAUAAACUCGAAGGUGAUUGCUA